UUCUGUUUAUCAGCGGAACCGGAAGUGGAAAACGCAUGGAUUAGUGUUUACAACUCGUAUCAUCCUGGGUGAACCCGGCAUCAUCCUGCAGUCUAAAAUAUACCCAUGCAAUUUGCAUUUUCAGACUGGUCCUGCCUAGGAAAUAACGUAUCUUAUAAUAUAGGCCUGUUUUACAUUAUUUGGUUAGGACUAGGGGUUGUUAUUGCGGACUAGCUGUGUGAUAUCUGUCGCAGCGUCGGGCCACCCACCAUCUGUGGAAGUGGGACAAGUGAACAGAUGGCGCAUCUCAAGCGGCUGACGCUGACGAUUAGGACAGUAUUGGAGAUGAGUAUCAGUCAUUAAAAUAAAAGGCUGUCGUUAACAUACAGUAUCCUAUAUUUUGCAUUGACGAUGCCAGAGUGACUUGGAUAAGAGUGUUCAUCAGGGAACAGUGCAGAUUGACUAAAUUGAUGCGCGACGACUUGACCACUGGCAUCAAUUUAAUCCCUUUUGAACAAUGGUUGACAACCGCUACGCUACAGCUCUGGUCAUCGCCUGUGUGCUGAGCAUACUGGCCACCGUGUAUCUGUCGGUAGCCAUCGGGACGAAGCACUGGUACCAGUACAGCAGCCCCACCGUGCGCGGAGAGGCUAACGUGUCCGAGCUGCGCUCCCUGUAUGAGGAGUUCAUGGACGGGGAGUUUGAUGAGAAAACCUACAGCGACACCCUGUUCCGUCUCAACGGGACUGUGGGCCUCUGGUGGCGGUGUGUUCUCGUUCCUGCCAACGCUCACUGGUACAAAGAGCCAGAUUCCAAGAUGAUGCUGGAGUGUCGAAGCUUCAGCCUACCUCAGCAGUUCACUCCCAAGUAUAAAGAACCAGGCAACCACAACAGUGGAGAGGACAUGCUGCGCACCUACCUGUGGAGGUGCCAGUUUCUGCUGCCACUGGUGUCCUUGGGUCUGGUGGUGUUGGCAGGCCUGACUGGGUUCUGUGCCUGCCUCUGCCGAAGCCUCACCCCCAUCCUCGGCUUAGGAGUACUUCACCUGCUAGCUGGCCUCUGCACCUUAGCCACAGUGUGCUGCUACCUGGCGGGGAUGGACCUGCUCCACAGGGUGUCAAUGCUGCCUGAUAAGGUGGAUGGCUCUCUGGGCUGGUCCCUCUACUUGGCCCUCAUUUCCUCGCCGCUCCACAUGAUGGCCGCUGCUCUGCUGUUGUGGGCGGCACGCAGCCACAGUCAGAACUACUACCGCAUGACCGCCUACCGAGUGGCAUAGACUGAGAUUCAGCUCUGGAUCUCUGCCCUUUUUAAAUUCAUUCCCCACUCUGUCACCAAGAUGCAUUUUAUAAUGAUCUCAGAGGGAAUGUGAUGUGGGUUAAUCUGUGCGUUUUGACCUCUGUCGGAUUACUGUGGAUGUACUCUAUAGUAAUGUCUGCUGCAUUAAAAGAUUUGAUUUGUAUCUCUCCUAUGGGUUACGGAAUUGGUUUGAAAAAGAUCAACUCGAAAGAUAUGUGUAUAGUACAACAAAUGUUUGCUUCAGAGUAACUCAACACCAAGAUGAAAAGUUAGCCAUGUCCCAGUUUCAUAUUACAUAUUGAUUAAUUCCAGGUUCUGAUUAUGUAGUGCGUUCACAUUGGAAAAGUGAAACAAAUAAUUAAGGAUAAUUACAGUAUUCGCAGUAUUAUUCCAAAUCAAUUGCUGACAUUUAGGAUUCAGCAACAUUGCUUGAAAAUAAGUUGGGCAGGACAAGAAACACGAGCAGCAGUCAACAUGAUCCGAAGUUUUAAACAAAUUCUCAGAUUAGCCAAAUUUAUUUCGAUAGAGAUAAUUAUGAUUAAAUGAUUACUGAAACGGAUUCAAUUUAGACAUUUUUUAUUAUGUUUUUAUUUUACUGUAGUUGCAUGCGCAUUGUAUAUUUGCUGCUGUUUACAGCUAGUUUCUUGCCCUGUCUGAUUUGAUUAAUGGGAUGUUGCUGUGUUCCCAAUACAGCAUGCAAUUUUCAGUGAAUUCUUCCGGUUGACAUUUUUUGGCUCUAUUUUACCUCCGAUCACACCCAGUUGGGUGUGGAGACAAUCACCCUUUUGUUGCUCUUGUGAAAAACACCUGGCAAGACAAGUGUACUAGACACACCCUGAGUAUGCUUCUCGGGGAUGCAACGUCCAUGCACGUGUUUAGUCAAACUGCUGAAUGUCAGCGUGUCCCAACUUCUUCUGACCUUUGACCUCUUGCACAGGUCAUGUGACCAGACAGUAGUUUUGUGUUCAGGGCAGAUCUGAAUGUAAUGAGGCCUCUGAGAAAAGGGUUAGAAGAACAUCUGGAUCAGAAUGUUGAUUUGAAUGAUAUAAACUUUAUUAAAGAUUAUGAGCAAGACACUCGUCCAUAAGAUAUUCUAUUAUGACAGUUUGCUGUUGUGCAACUAUUCUUUUACUUUAGCUACUUCACAACAUGUCGGGGAAUAUCGGCAUCAAUGAAGAGUACAGUGAGAGAGACAAUGACUUAUGUAUUUAUGGUUCUGCUAUUACAAAAAUAUUUAAAUCCAAAGUGAUUAAUUAAAAGUGAUUUAUUCUUUAUUUAUUCAUGGCCGUUUUGACUGUUUAUGUUUAUACUUUCUUAACCCAGAUGGAUUGUUUUAUUUUCAUUUUGUUUUUUAAGUUUUGACAGAUUUUGUAGGCUUUUGUAGAAAAAAAUCAAAAAGUUGUAAUGUUUUCACCAUUUAGUGUUUUGUUUUGUUGCUAUUACAUGUUCAUUAUAAAUUGUUUUCCUUUUGUGAAUUCAGUUGUGUUUGUUAUUAUUUAUUUGAUUCAUAUUUGUUCCUUUUAUAUUUUAUUAAUUUCAAUUCAACAGGAUUGAAGGGAAACAGUGUUUCACUGUUAGGCUUUAUGAAUGUAAUGUUAAGGGCCAUAUUGUGAUAAUCUACAGUAUUCCUUUGCAUUUCAAAUAUUUUUGAACGUAUCCUGAAUAUUACUGUAGUAGUCAGUAGUGAAUUUCUAUUUUUUAAAGAUUCAUCCCUAAAAUAAAUUUAGAAAAAGAUAUUGCCCCAAAAAUGAUGCUAUAUGUUUGCAGAAAUAUAUAAUUUACCAACAGUCACGCGCUUCUAUAAAACUAAAGAAUGUCGCACUGAAAUAAUGCACUGUGUGUGGUCUGAUGGGUCUCGUGAUAAAUCACAUUGUAUUUUGCAUAUUCAGCCUUUUUAAUUCAAGAAAUUGUUCUAUCCCUAAAUCUACUGUAGCAUAAAUAUAACAGCAAGUGUCCAUGUAUGACUAUGCUUUUGUGAAUCUACAGUGAAUGUGUUGUUCACUCUCCAGUUUCUUAGCUGAAAUGGUUAAUAAUUGUACACCUAAAUAUCAUGUGCGAGUGUAAGCAAGUGUACACAUGCGUGUUCCAAGGAACGGCUGUUGUUUCAAUAAAAGGUUUUUGUAAAAUAU